AUGGCGUCGUCGUCAUCAACCUCUAACCUCCUCUUCCUCGUCGUGAUCAUCGUCUCUUUCCUUUCAAUCUCCGGAAUCGCCGCUCGUCCCUGCAAAACUUUCCUCAUCUCGUCGUAUUCCCUCUCAAUAACCCCAGAAAACCCUAACCUCGACUCCGAUCUCACCUCCUCCCGAUUCGUCACCGUCUUCACGAUCCGUCGCAUCACCCCUCACCGUAUGAUUCCUUUCUUCGUCAAUCGCCGCCACGGAUUCCUCCCCUCCACCGUCGAGAACGAGAAGCCUCAGAUCCGAGAGGAUCGUCCUCAGUUAUCUCUCCCUUUCGUCUCCGAGAACAUCAAUUCGUUCAGGGAUCGCACCCGAGACAUACUCAGCGUCGUCGUUGCUCUCUUGUUCGGCGUCGGAUGUGGCGCUUUAACCGCCGCGACUAUGUACCUCGUUUGGGCUCUGGUCGUGAAUCGCCAUAGCUACGAUGAUUUCGAGGAAGAUGAUUACGAGAAUGAUGAAUCUGAUGCUGCUAGUUUGAAGAAAUUGGGUUACGUCAAGAUCCCAGCUCCAGCUCCAGCUCCUUUGAAGGAAGCUGCUUAA